AUGGCUGUAGAAGAUAAAUACAAUGUUAACAAGAAUUACAACCAUGAAGACCACCUUGAUCUUGAAGAGUACUUCAACCUUUUUGAUCCCUUCUUCAAAGAAAUUGAUUUCUCAACGGACAAAGUUUUUGACGAUCUCCCAAUUAGCUUGGCUGAUGAACCAAUAAUCUCUUGGAAUAACAUUGACUUAGAAGUGCCACAAAAAGAGCUUGAAAGCUGCUUCUCAUCUUCUGCAGAUUAUGGUGACCAGCUUUCCAUGAUCAAUUCUCCGAAGGGACAUGAAAAAGUGAAGCCGCCAAAAGACGUAGAUCAAAAUAAUAUUUGUAGCUUUGCCAUCAAGAAAAAAAGAAGCAAGACUGGUAGCAAAAAGAGAACAAGUUGUUUUGCGUUGAAAAAUGAUUGCAUGAAGAGAAGAUGCUGCAGCCACUGCCAGGCUGAGAAGACACCGCAGUGGAGGGCCGGUCCGAUGGGUCCUAAGUCCCUUUGCAAUGCUUGCGGCGUCCGGUAUAAGUCCGGGAGAUUGGUGCCGGAAUAUCGGCCUGCGGCGAGCCCGAGUUUUGAUAGUUUCAAGCACUCCAAUUUCCACAAGAGGAUAUUGAAAAGGAAGAUGGAUACAUAG